AUGUCUAUGGAAAACACCCCAGUAAAAAAAGUUAUUAAUAAGCAAAAUAAUAACAUAAACCACUUCUGUCGAAUUUGUGGUAUCGAUAUACGUAUUUCUGGCAGAGGGAAGCUAAACAUUUUUGAAGGCGCCAAAUCAGUUCGGGAUAAACUUGCUGAAAGGUUGUCGUACAUUCUCCAAACUUCUGUGUCGAAGGAUGGAACCUCUUCUACGAUAUGUUUGAACUGCAAGAGGAACCUCGAAAGGUUGGAAAAGGCAACAGCCGACCUUGUUAGAUUUAAAGAAACGGCUGAGAGAACUGCUAAAGAGCAAAGAACAUUUAUAGUAAAUGACAAAGAGAACUCUGGUGAACGCUUUAAAAGGUGCACGUUUUUAGAUUCUCCAAAAAAUGAAAAGCCCGUGAAAAGAAAAGCGUGUGAAACAGAAGUUCGACGAAAUAUUUUACAGCCAAGUGCAACGCCUAUGUUUUUAACAGAACUUCCGAAUCACGACGACUUGUUUGUGAAUUCCCAACCCAGAGUUAUGAAUCGUUCCAAAACUAACGUAGAGGUAAGUUUUAAAAAAAUACAAAUACUAUAAUUUACCUGUAAAAACUAUCAAAAGAGCUAUUUGUUUAUAAUGUAGGUGACAAUAGACUAUCCGUCUACACAGAAGCACAAAACUAUAACUUUCAUACGUCGAAUUUAAUUCAGACGAAUUUAAUUCGUUAUUAAAUUCGUCAAUUGUUCGACACUAAAAUGGUUUCGUUUCAAACGACGAAUUUAAUUCAGACGAAUUCAUUUCAUGUCUAGCGAUCAUGGAUUAUACCGAGAAGUAAAAACCACGAGAUCAGAAAAAGAGAAACAGACUUUAACAUAAUUUAUGCAUUUAAUUCGACACGACGAUAACACGUCGUAUGAAACGAAGACGCGCUACAGACGUUGUAUCCGCUGACCAUGACGGAUAAAACGUCUUGGACGACUUUAAUUCAUCAGACGAAUUUAAUUCGUUUCAUACGAUGCACUACCGUCGCAUUUAAUUCGUUCAAUUAAAUUCGUCUGAAUUAAAUUCGACGAUAGCGCGACGUAUGAAACGGGCCUUAGAUGCCAAGAUCAUAAGAGGUGUUGCUAACAAUGAACGUGUUUCCAUUGCAAAUGCUGUAUGGGACUCAAGAGAUCUUAAAGACAUGAUCAUGUGUAAAAUUGAGAAGGAUGUUGUCAAUGAAUUUAGGGGACUUUGCAGUCGAAGAAACCCAUCUAUUCUGGCAAAUUCUACACCUCAUAAUGUAAUAAACAUUACAGAUGGCUGGAGGCUCGUGUGA